AUGUACGCCACCGCAUCGAGAGUCGUACUGGGCCGCGCCGCCCUGGCCGGCCGUGCUGGCUUCCACAGCACAGCGCGCCGCAUGGCCGACGCUCCUCUGGUGGCCAAGAAGCCCAUGGGUGCAUUCCGCGGCGGCCUCUUUGGCUUCCUCCUCGGAUGCACCGUUGCCGGCAGCAGCGUCUACACCUACCUCGUCCAAGAGUACAAGACCUCCAACGACCUGCUGACCGAGGAUAUCUACACACUGCAAGCCUCCGUCACCCGAUUGACCAGCUACGUCAAGAACCUGGAGCAAAUAGCUCAGGGAAAAAAAUAA